UUAUCAUCCAUCCCCACAGGCCACAGAUCAAACACCUAGCUCAAACUCUGAUCACGAGUCAUCGAGUAUGGCCUCGAGAACCACCGCCGUGACCUCCCUCGCGCUCCUCGCGCUGCUCCUCUCGUGCGCCGUCACGACGAGCAGCGCGGCGCGGAGGCUGGAGGAAGAAGCGGCGCCCAAGGAGGCGGAGCCGGAGUUCCCGCCGCACCUGACCGUGCCGGUGCCGGAGCACGAGCUGCCCCCGCUGCCCAAGGUCGAGCUGCCGCCGCUCCCGGAGGCGCACCUGCCGCCCAAGCCGGAGCUGCCGCCGCUCCCGAAGGUCGAGCUGCCGCCCAAGCCCGAGCUGCCCGCCAUUCCCGAGUUCCACUUCCCGGAGCCGGAGGCGGCUAAUAAGCCAUGAUGAUGCAGCACGAUCACUCGAUCGAACAGGGCUGCGCCUGCACCCUAGAGCAUUUAUGCCCCCCACCCAUCACUAGCUACUCCGCUGGUUUGUGGUGUCGUGAAGUGUCACUCGUGGCGUGUCCCCUAGCUCGUGCGCACCUGUACUGCAUGGUGUGUUGCCUUGCCCCAUGUGUGUUCUUGCAUCGGUUCUUGUUUCCUUGCGUGGUUUCCAUUUCUCUAAGCGCGUACUCUUCGUGUAUAUAAAAUAUAGCUUUGUUGAUUACAUGUACAUCAUGGAUUCACGCCUACAAAUAAAUAAAUAAAUAAUUUGAUUUGCAGAAAACAA